AUCCACCUUUCAGUACACUACAGUACGAGCCGCGAUAAUCAUGGUAUCCGGGCGUGUUUUCUUUGCUUUCCUGGUCGUCGCCCUAGCGGUCGGCUGCAACGGUAACCACUGCUUUAGCUACCAGUUCGAGUGUGACAGCGGCCAAUGCGUGGAGAACGACUACCGCUGUGACAGAGAGGACGACUGUUACGAUGGCAGCGACGAAGACGGGUGCUCGGGUACCUGCUAUAGCUACCAGUUUGAGUGUAAAAGUGGGCAGUGUGUCAGCCCUAGCUCCUCUGAAUGUGAUGGAACGGAUGACUGUUACGAUGGUAGUGACGAGGACGGAUGCGCUUGUAUGUUAAUACAACAUAUGAAAUAUUCUUGUUCUACAUCCAACGUCAUUUUCUUUGUGUGUUUAAAUGGUCAGCGAACGUAGACACAUGCAUAAUUAUCUUCUUUUCCACAGCUGCAGCAAGUCUGGCUGUCGGUCUGUCUGUCUUCUUCUUCAUCCUCUUCUGUGUGGUUAUCCCCAUCGCCAUAGUCCUGAUAUACUGCUGUGUGUUUGGCCCGUCUCCAACACACCCUCGGUGGUAGAACGGUUGUCAGAACAACUGUCACACACACCAGCGCGGGUUCCCGCAGCAACUGUCGUCACAACAAGCUGCCAUGGUUUGCUUUUUUCUGCAUACAUUAGUCAUCUCAUAUCCUGUUCCAUUACACAGUGAGACCUGUGAAUGUGUGCUUUAUUUAGAGGUGUUUUUUUUAUUUGGGCGCAUAUAAUUGUAGGUGCAAAAUCAAACUCCUUUUUAGUGGUGUCCCUUGUUAGGUUGGUGCAGAACAGUGUGAAGUCUUUUUUCGAGGUCUCCGCCUUUUGGAGGGUCCUUUUUUCAUGAGGUUAAACUGUAGUAAUUCUCUGUUAUUUUUUCAGGAAGAUGUGAAAACUGACUAUCCACCAAGAUAUGUUUCAGCCAAUGCAGCAGUAUCCACCCCAGCCUGCUGCUUACCCACCUCAGCCCUAUGCUACUGCGCAGGCUUACCCACCACCACCGUACCCUGUGCAGUAAUCCCAGGAGCUGACUUUUUUAUAUACGAUUUGCAACACACUGUUGACAACUGCAUUAUGUAGACAGUAUUGUGUCUCCCCCUGGAAUGCACGUGGGCGAUGUACACAUGCGCACAAUAUUCAAACGGU